CCACAAAAAGCCAUUUUUUUACCCAAAAAAAUCAAAAUCCCGCUCACUCAAAAAAGGACUUUUGCUUACCCGCUCGUUACUCCCUCUUCUUCUCAUCCUAAAUCCCCCAAAUAAAAUUUAGCUACUCUUUUGCUCAUUCAGAACUUUUAACUCCAUGCCCAUUGCCAUUUUUUCUACCUCAACCUCGAUUCUUAAACGCCCAAAUUUGGAACCCUAGAUUUUUCUCUGCAGAACUUUUAGUAAUCCUUAUUCAGUCUUUGAUUUCGAGAAGCAUAAGUGCAAGCGUCCAGACGGUAAACGCCACUGCCACAGCCAUCGUUUCCGCCGAGUCCUCAUUCCAUCCCUGAGUCUUCAAUUGUUUUAACUAUUCCAAUCUCUGAGGCCAACUGCUUCAAUCUCUUCUAUCAAGUCUAUUUACCCUCUCUCCGAUCACUACUAUGGAGGUGAUCAUUCGCGAUACGGAUCUACACUGGCUUCCCACAAGUGCAUGGGCACCUCGUUCGCAAGGGCACCGAUGGCCGAUCUUCCGUCAGUGGCAUUAUAGCUACUGUUUUCGGCGCUAUUGGAUUCCUUGGUUGUUAUCUUGUACAAUAACUGGCUAAAAUGGGAUCUCAGGUGUUAGUUCCCUUCAGAGGUUCUGAGGAUAACCCUCGUCAUCUCAAGUUGAUGGGAGAUUUAGGACAGAUAGUGCCAAUGAAAUACGAUCCGAGGGAUGAAAAUUCAAUCAAGGCUGUGAUAGCAAAGGCUAAUGUUGUUAUCAAACUCAUUGGAAGAGAGUAUGAGACAAGAAACUUUAGCUUUGAGGAAGUGAACCAUUUCAUGGCAGAACAACUGGCAGUGGUUAAAAUAGUGAAAUGCACUGUGAAUGACAUACCGGUGGACAUCUCUUUCAAUCAAACUGCUGGUCUAUCUGCACUUUGCUUUCUGGAGACGGUUGACCAGCUAAUUGGAAAAGAUCAUCUUUUCAAACGCAGUAUUUUUUUGAUCAAGGCCUGGUGCUAUUACGAGAGCCGAAUCCUUGGUGCACACCAUGGCUUGAUUUCUACAUAUGCAUUAGAAACAAUGAUUUUAUAUAUCAUUAAUGUCUUUCAUUCAUCCUUAUUUUGUUCUAUUUGUAUUUUGUUAGAUUUCUGGUGUAGUAUGAUAAGUGCGGUAUUUUGUUUGGCGUGAUGUAUUUAUAUCAUAGAUUAUUAUUCUUCUCAAUAUUUUGAUAAUGAAUUUUAAUUUUUUAUA